AUGACCAUUGGUCCGAAACGACAUGGACCGGAGAUGCCCGAGCUUCUAACGACCUUGGCAAAGGUCAUGUCUGCAUGCUUCGGACCACCCCCAAACAUGGUAAAUGAGAUCGGCGCAACAGAUUUGGCCAAGUGCUUGUGGGCAGCAGCAGAGGUGAAGGAUGUGGUGCCAGAAGUGACCAAGGUCCUACCAGCACUUGUAGGACACUUACAGGUCAAGGCAAAUCACCUAGACAAUGCAGAGGCGUUGUGGUGCUUCACAGCUGCAGCCAAGUUAAAGACGAUUGGGCCAGAAGUGUUGAGAAUUGUGCCCGCAGUUGUGGACCUUGUUUCCUUGCAGUUGGUUGAAAUGAACGCAGCGGAGCUGGCCCGGUGCUUGUGGGCAGCAAGUAGGUUCCCCAAUGCUGCGUCAGACGUUGUGCCGAAGCUUGUGCCACAACUGCAAGAGAAGGCAAGCGAAAUGACUGCUGAAGAGUUGUCCGGUUGCUUAUUGGCAGCAGCUCAGUUGAAUACUGCCCCAGACGUGUUGAAGAUUGUGCCAAGACUAGUGACAGAAUUCGGGGAGAAGGUGGAGGGCAUUCCUGCCGGAGGUUUGAGCCGUUGUUUGUAUGCAGCAGCUGAGUUGCAGAAUUCUGCGCCAGAUGUGCUCAAGAUUGUGCCGGGACUUGUGGCAGAAUUUCAGGAGAAGGUGCUGAAGAUUGUGCCAAGACUUGUGGCUGAAUUUCAGGAGAAGGUAGAGGGCAUGACUGCAGAAGAUUUGGCCCUUUUUUUGAUCACAGCAAUUCAGUUGCGGAAUUCUUUGCCAGAUGUGCUGACGAUGGUGGCAAGUCGCACUUGCUUUGAGGUCCUGAGCCAGGAGUUUGGAAAGGUCUUUGUGCCAGCCAGCGGGUUGGAUGCAGGAGACAAGGUGGUCGCAGCCAAUGGUGUCUCAAGCGAAGUGCUUCGUCGACCCGAGCCACAUUUAGUUCAGGAUGUGGUGGAGUUGCAGGUGGGGCGGACAAGUCUGGUGGUGAGCCCCGACCAUCGGAUCGUGGUUCCUGGCAACAAGACGGUGAAGGCCGAAGACCUCCGCAAGGGCAGUGAAGUGAUCCUCAAUGGCGCCCCAGAGGCCUUGACAUCCCUCCGAUGGAAACAUGAGCCAACCACCGUGCUGAAGCUCGCCUUCAAGCCUGAUCUUCCGGUGCCUGCUUUCAUGCAGCCAUCGGCUAUCUUCAUGAAAGGUUCUCGCGACCGCCCUGUUCUGCGCCGUGGCUUCAGGUCGAGGGCUUCGCCAGAGACGGCUUCGCCAGAGACGGGGGAUGCCAUCUCAUUGCCAGACACGGACCCAGGGGAUUUCCCACCCUGA